CACUUGCACAUACUAAACAUAUAAUACGAGUAACCUCUACGCUUUAUAAUUCACCAUGUUUUCAUUUCUUCUCAAACUCUCAACACCCUUUGUUUAUCCUCAAGUUCUGAACUCAACCAAGACAAUAUGAUGAAGACCCAUUCUAACUCGCGAAAAAGAAAGUCUGCCUUGAUUAGUGAUGGGCAUCCUUUUUCGUUCAAGAGGAGAUCAAGAAUGGGAAACUAUGUGGACUCUCUUGAAAGAAAGGAGCCGGAGGAUAAAUUUACUAGAGAAGAAAAAUAUAAUGAAGAUGAAGAUAAUAAUGAUGUUCGCGACGACACAGAUGAUGAAAAUGCAGGAGAUAAUGAUGCAGUGGAAGAUCAUCAAGAGGAAGCAGAAUACAUACCAGGAGAUGAUGGUCCAAAUGCUACGGAGGAGCAACAUCACAAAGGUCUGCUCACAAAAGAUGCAGAUGAAAAGAAUAUGCCUUCUACACGAGAUUUCAUCCAUGGAUAUCACUUGAUCCAAGGACUGAUGAACCAUGGAAUGGAAGACUAUAUUUUUGCUCAACACAGGAAUCUCAAUGGUUAUGACUUAGGGUUGUAUGCAAUAUUUGAUGGCCACUCCGGUCAUGAAGUUGCAAAAUACUUGCAAAGCCAUCUAUUUGAAAAUAUACUGAGUGAGCCUGAUUUCUGGGAAAAUCCGGUGUAUGCUGUUAAGAAAGCAUGUAAAGCAAUAGAUGAUGAGAUUUUAGAAAAUAUAGCUGAUUCACGAGGAGGAUCAACAGCUGUUGCAGCAAUACUAAUUAAUGGAGUAAAGCUACUGGUAGCCAAUGUUGGUGAUUCUCGAGCAGUAUCCUGCAAAAAUGGUCGAGCAAAGCCACUUACUGUGGAUCAUGAACCAGAGAAGGAAAAAGAUCUUAUUGAGAGCAGAGGGGGUUUUGUGUCUAAGAAACCUGGGAAUGUUCCAAGAGUGGAUGGGCAAUUAGCAAUGACUCGAGCAUUUGGAGAUGGAAAACUGAAGGAGCACAUUACGGCAGAACCAGAUGUGACAAUUCGAAAUAUUGAUGACGACACUGAAUUCAUCAUUUUGGCAAGUGAUGGUCUGUGGAAGGUGAUGACAAAUCAGGAGGCUUGUGACUGUAUCAGGGAUGCAGAUGAUGCGCAGAAAGCAUCUAAAAAGUUAAUUAAAGAAGCUAAAUCUAUGGGAAGCUACGAUGAUAUUUCAUGCAUAGUUAUUAUGUUCUAGCUACAACAUAAUGGAUGUUUCUUUAUUUAGUCAA